GAUCAAUCGAACCUCAAAACGCCUCUCAUAAGAUCUGCACAUAAAAUCAGCCAUCAAUCAAUCAAGCAUAACAUAAUCAACCAUGGCAAUCAUAGAAAUGCGAGUACAUGUAGAUUGUCCAGGAUGUGAGGACAAGAUCCGAAAAGCUCUUCAAAGACUCAAAGGUGUUGAGAACGUAGAUAUAGACAUGGGGUUACAGAAGGUAACAGUGACUGGAUACGCUGAAGAGAAAAAGGUGUUGAAGAUCGUGAGAAAGACUGGUCGCAGAGCUGAGAUCUGGAACGUACCCUACAACCCUGAUCUCCGUAGCAGUAACUACAACGUUAAUCAAUAUGCGCAACAGCAACCACAAAACGGUGAUUCUGGCCCAGGUCCCUCAGCGACGUUCUACACCCGGCAGCCAUCAUCGGCGUCUUCAUACAACUACUACAAACACGGUUAUGAUAACCACCAGGGUUAUAACCCAGUCCAAUCCUCAGGUUUAAUUGGACACCAGACUGGUGCUGCUUUUAGUGAUGAAAAUACAAAUGCUGCCUGUAACAUCAUGUAA